AUGAGUCGCACCGGCGCCACCAACUAUUGCUGCGAGUGCGCCGCGUCGCAGUCACGAUGCUCGGCUGACAUUUGCCCAUGCGUGGCGGCGAGACGAAUGUGCGAUGAGCACUGUGAAUCAGCGAGAUAUCGAGGCGAUUGUUUGAAUCAAGCGAUAUGCAAAUGCUCUUGCGAGGUCGAUCCGGCGAAACCCGCGAAAAACGCUUGCACAAAGAGUGAACGCUGUGAUUGUCUCCGAAUCAAAGAAGGUUGCUCAAAGUUGUGCGCUUGUAAGCAAAUCUGUAAAAACAAGGAACCACUGAAGAAAAUCUUGAAAGUGACAAAACCGUCACAAGGCUGCACUUGUGCAAAGAGUAAAAAACAAUGCGUGAAAAAGGAAUGCCCGUGCAGAGGAGUCUACGAGUUUUGCUCAUCAAAUUGUAAAUGUUGCGGUGAUUGCACGAAUGGACCAUCGAAAUUUCAUGUGCCGAAACACGUGCAAAACUGUUUCCUCGAGCAUAAACACGAGAGUAGCGGGUUGAUCGUCACAUUAAUAGGUGAGGACUACAUCUAUCGAGGGGAUUUCUUUCACGAGUCAAAAAAUGAGCCGCACGUGGAAGAGCAGCUCGUCGCAGCGAUCUAUGAUCUCAUAUCAAAGUACAAGGUUGAUCUGUACGAGAUCGUGAUUUUCGUCUCGAAAUCCCCGUGUUUCCAUCAAGAUUGUGAUCCGAAAUGUGAAGUGAUUGAUGAGUGUAAAAGUAAUAAAGCUUGUGCGAAAUUGUUGGGGCUCUUGUUGUCAAAGGUUCGCAAAGAGUUGAGCAAAGUGGACGUGAAAAUGACGGUGAAAUUCUUGUAUCCGCAUUUAAAUCGUGGAGAUUUAUACACGAAACAAGGGAUUCUUUGUAUGCUACAAGCUGGUAUAAAGGUGGAACCAUUGCUGAUGAAAGAUUGGUCGGCAAUCAUGGAUUGGUCACCGAACAUCGAUCAUAAAGGGGAAUACUUGAAGACGUGGAAUGAUCACAAUUUGGAUAAGGCUGUCGCUCAAUCCCAAUCAUUUAUCAACGAAUGUCGACGAGCACUCGGCUUAUCGAUGAAAUUCUGGGUGGCUGAGAUUCACGAAAUUGUGAAAAACACAAUUCUUCACUAUUCGGAGAUUCGGGUGAAAUGUGGCGAGUUGAAUGAUGCACUCAAACAGCUGGACUUGACCGCAACUCCGCACAAGAUUCGCUCAACUCCCUCGAAGCGUCGUUCAUUCAUCGAUAUGCACGAGUUGCGGGAUAAACUUCUCAUGCGCUCAUCCACAGAUCAUUCGAAGAAGAAUGGUUCAAACAUGUCAGUGGCAAGUGAGGACGCGCACGCUCAAGCGAUGGUCGCCUCAUUUUGUGGUCGAUCAUUUGACGAUUCGGAGACAAAUGAAAUUGCACAAAGAAUACGACGAGCAACAGCGAAUAUUAAUGUCGAAAUUGAGACGCUACUCGAAUUUCUCACCCACAAAGGAGCUGUUGCU